CACCAUGUAUCUGGAGAACAAAAGCAACCUGGAGAUUGAGAUGUCUCAGACUUCGGCCCAGGGUCACCAGGGCCGGAGCAGCCUGAGGUCACCAGAGGCCGUGGCGGGGAACUUCGGGGAGCUCCGUCUGCUGCAGGGCAUCUCAGAGAGGAGAGACACCCAGAAGCUCCAGCAGUCUGCAGUGCUGCCCUCGGGACAGUGCGUCCUCCACAGCGAGGGCUUCGUCCCUGUUCGACAGGAGGACGGACACAGUUUCAGCGUGGUUAAUAUUCUCAGAGGAAAGACUAAUUCAGCCAACCUGUCAGAGCGGUCGCCUCUGCUGAGAUUCUCUCAAGAUGACAGUAUAACCUACAUGACCCUACAUGACCCCAGCUUUGUUGGAGGAGAAGAGCCCUGGGACAACAGCGCCCUGGACCUGGAGAGGAGGUAUCGACUGGGCAGCGAGGUCACCAGCCUUUCCCUUUCCCGCUCCAGCUCCUCGGAGAAGAGCGACCCUCUGGACAACCUCAACUUCAGACUCACCAGCAGUAUGAAAUGCUGCUUCAAAGUCUCCAAAAUUGCCACUAUCUUCACUAUUGUUGUUCUGUGCAGUCUGUUCUUCAGCAUGUAUCCGGAUCGGGACAACCCCUGGAGGAUGCUGGCGGUCUCUUCCACAGACAGUUUCUCAAUGAACCUGACGGACUUCCGGGACAACGCCCUGCUGAAGCUCCAGGUGGGAGGCCCCUUCACGGGAGGGAUGAUCGACCUCACCAACCAGGAGUACAUCCUGAUCCAGGUGGAGCAGGCCGAGCAGCCGGGACCGCGCAGGAGGAGGACUCAGCAGGUGAUUCAUAACUGGACCAUUCCUCUACACGGUGAACGAAGUGACCAGAUACUGAUGACAAAAACCUUUGAGAUGGUCAGCAGUGACCCCAUCGUCAUCACCAUUCAGGCUUUCCUGCAGGAUGAUGAGGUAGUGCCUCUGUCCAUGACCCACCAGUCGCUGUUCGUCAGCGUGGAGACACAGGUGGCCAUCGCCGGAAUCAUCCUGGCCGGGGUCUACGUUCUAAUCAUCUUUGAGAUUGUGCAUCGUACUCUGGCCGCCAUGUUGGGCUCUUUAGCAGCCUUAGCUGCUCUGGCUAUCAUCGGUGAUCGACCCAGUCUGGUUACUGUGGUGGAGUGGAUCGAUUAUGAGACACUGGCUCUCCUGUUCGGCAUGAUGGUGUUAGUGGCCAUUUUUUCAGAGACGGGCUUCUUCGAUUAUUGUGCAGUGAAGGCUUACCAAUUAUCCAGAGGAAGAGUGUGGCCUAUGAUCAUCAUCCUCUGUCUCAUUGCCGCCAUUCUCUCCGCUUUUCUGGACAAUGUGACCACCAUGAUGCUCUUCACCCCCGUCACCAUAAGGUUGUGUGAGGUGCUUAAUCUAGACCCCAGACAUGUCCUGAUUGCAGAAGUAAUCUUCACCAACAUCGGCGGGGCCGCCACAGCUGUCGGAGAUCCACCCAAUGUGAUUAUAGUAUCAAACCAGGACCUGCGCAAAGAAGGGAUUGAUUUCGCCAGUUUCACCGGCUACAUGUUUCUUGGAAUCUGUCUGGUCCUUGUCUCCUCGUUUCCUCUCCUGCGGAUGCUCUACUGGAACAAAAAACUCUACAACAAAGAAUCCAUUGAGAUAGUUGAACUCAAGCAUGAGAUCCUGGUUUGGAGGCAGACGGCUCAGCGCAUUAACCCCGCCAGCCGAGAGGAGACAGCUGUGAAAUGCCUCCUGAUGCAAAAGGUCCUCAACCUGGAAAGUCUGCUCCGCAAGAUGAUGAAAACCUUCCAAAGACAAAUUUCUCAGGAGGACAAGAACUGGGAGCAAAACAUUCAAGAACUGCAGAAAAAGCACAGAAUAACUGACAGAGUUCUCUUGGUGAAGUGCGUGUCUGUCCUUGCCGUGGUGAUCUUCAUGUUCUUUCUCAACUCCUUCGUUCCCAGCAUUCAUCUUGAUCUCGGUUGGAUCGCUAUCCUUGGUGCGCUGUGGCUUUUGGUUCUGGCUGACAUCCAGGAUUUCGAGAUCAUCUUGCACCGGGUGGAAUGGGCCACGUUACUGUUCUUUGCUGGCCUCUUUGUUUUGAUGGAGGCUCUAGCCCAGCUGCAGCUCAUCGACUAUAUUGGAGAACAGACAGCACUGCUAAUAAAAGCGGUGCCAGAGGACCAGCGCUUGGCCAUAGCCAUUAUUCUGGUGAUGUGGGUCUCGGCUCUGGCGUCUUCGCUCAUUGACAACAUUCCCUUCACUGCCACCAUGAUUCCAGUUCUCAUCAACUUGAGUCAGGAUGCAGAUGUGAACCUGCCAGUAAAACCUCUCAUCUUUGCUCUAGCUAUGGGAGCCUGUCUUGGCGGGAACGGCACGUUGAUAGGAGCCUCUGCCAACGUUGUGUGUGCAGGAAUCGCUGAGCAACACGGAUAUGGCUUUUCCUUUGUGGAGUUCUUCAGGUUAGGAUUCCCCAUGAUGAUAAUGACGUGUAUGAUCGCCAUGUGCUACCUGCUGGCCACCCACAUUGGACUCGGAUGGAACAUGUAAUCCACACCUGUUGUGCAGAGCCAAAGAGACUGUGUGUGUGUGUGUUUGCGUACGUGCACGUGUGCAUGUGACCAAUCCUCCAAGCAUUUAGAGUUUCCGCUCACUGUAAUGUGACGUGGAGCCUGAUUAACCGAUCAGAUUACAGGCAAUAUCUGAAGCAUUGUAGCCAUAUUAUAUUUUUUACAGUAUGGAAAAGUGUCUUUGAGUAAAGUGCAGACCAUCAGGGACCCGAGGUGACAGGAGCUUUGACCAAAAAUGUGUCUUUACUGAAAAAAUGGCCCCACUCCUCAAUGCUGUGCAUGGUGCUACUUCCUCAAAGGGUUUAACUGGUGUAAGUGAUUCCAGUCCAGUCGCCUCCGGUGUCAAGACUGUUCUGUUUACAAAGAGCAGCAGAUAAUUUAUCUAGACAUGUAAUACUGUAUUUGCUUUUAGAGACUCUUAGAACACUGAUCUGAAUGUUUCACCCAUGGUUUACAAAACUCAUGUUGAUAUUUUAAAGGAACCACAAGCCCCAGUGAAAGGGAUUUUAUAACAGUUUAUGUCUCAUAUUUCUUUGUUGGAUUCCCAAAUCUCAGAGGUCUAUAACUGAAUCUGACAAACAAAAACAGCCUUAAUUAAAUAUGAAAAUUACCGAUUGUUUAAUCAGAUUAAAUAAAAGAGAUGUAGAACGUUAUCUAAACAUUGUAUACUAUCUAUUGUACUGUGUACACAGUGAUCUCAUGUAAACUCAAUGAUUUAGUUUAACCGUAAUGUAGAAGAAGUUUGAUUAUGUAAAUACUCUCACAUGAAAUGGACAAAAAAACUUUGUCCCUUGUCCAGUUAAAACGGUUUCCUGUAUUUAUGGUGCGGCCCGACAACCUGGACGUCGUCACUGUUCGAGGGACGAAACUCUCCGAACGUUCAGACGCAAAUCAAUGUGAAUAAAGUUUGUGAUGUUUCUGGA